CCUCUUGUCUCCUCCCGCUGCCUCCAGGGCCGGCUCCGGUGGGGCCACAAUCUGGCCAGGGCUCUGGAGAACGGGGGCUGGCGACUUUGCGCGGCCCUCCCCCACUCCUGUCCCACUCCCCCGCAUGCCACGGCCCCUCCCCCACUCCUGUCCGACUCCCCCGCAUGCCACGGCCCCUCCCUGAUGUCGGGGCGCUCUCUGAGAACGGAGGACAAACGGCAGUCAGAGGAGAGCAGGGCCCUGGCACGGGCCCAGUAGGAGACAUCUGAGGGGUGGGAGGGAGGGGGCAGCAGCCGGGGGCCAGAGUCUCUCCUCAAGUGGGGAUUGUGCUUCCCUUCUGGCUCCCACUAUACUUUGGGGUCUUGGGGCUGUGCUCUGUGGCUACUGGCGGCUGCAUGGUCUUUCUCCACUGGAGGAAGAAGGUUCGAAGGGAAGAGCAGGCUCAGGAGUGGGUGGAGGUGAUGCAGGCGGCCACCUUCACCUACAGCCCCCUCCUCUACUGGAUCAACAAGCGUCGGCAGUACGGCAUGAACACCGGAGUCAAGGUGGACCUUCCAGUGGCCAGCCCCCAGCCCGAGGUCCCCAAGCCCCUGACUAGCAUCCCGGAAGGAAAGAGUGACGCGCCCCAAGCCAGAUUCCUCAUGUGCCCGGCCUCUGCGCCGCCCUUGGUCUGCUACCCCACCCCAGCGCCCCACAACCCCGUCUUUCAGGAGGUGGCCUUUGCCCCUUCUCUGGGCAACGUGCCCCCCAUGGUGAACCACUCGGCCUCUUACCCUUUCGCUGCUUGCCCUCAGAGGAGUGUCCAGUUUCAUUCUCUGCCAGCUCUGGCCCAUCGGGACUAUUGCUUCAACCCUAAGGGCCUGGCCUAUGAGCUAUGAUGUAGGCAUGGGGAGGGGUGUGGGGCAGGGGCCCCGGGGGGCCCAGUGGCCUGCUUUGGACUCACACCCAUGCAAUGAUCUUUUUUCUUAAAGUUCGUGGCCUCUGUCUUCUCAAUCGCCUUAGUUGUCCAUCCCCAGCCAAAUCACCUUCGGCAAACAAGUCUGAUAUUAGACUUUUAAAAUAAAAUGUUAAAAACAAA